CUAAAUUGGUUGAGGAACAUAUGUCAAUUAAGUCUGAAAACAACGAUGAGGACUUUGAUGAAGAGAGCUGUACCAUUGAUGAUGAUGAUCUGAAUUCCAACACGGAAACUGAGGGAAAUUCUAAAGUCAAUGAGUUACAAAUUCUAUACAAUGCUGCAUUGAUUCUUCGCCAAAAGGUGCAAGAAAUACCAAAACUGAAUCUUCCUUGGCCACCAUUGGCAUCUGAUUUGACAAUGGAUAAUGUGCGAAAAGUUGUUCCAUGUGAACUUUUUAAUGUAUUGGCUUGGAUUUGUGGAUUCUCUUCAGAGCCAACUUUAAAUGAGUAUGUGCCAAUCGAGGGCAAGAACAGUGCCAAACUAACAUCAAUCGCACAAGACCUUGUGAAUCUAGCAUCUGGGGGAAGGAAUCCUACGCCAAAGAGCAUAGCACUUGCCAUGGCAAUUAGACAACUGACAGGUUCAGCCUCAGUAAUUUCUCUGUUGAGUGGCUUGGGACAUUGCAUGUCACACUCCUUUGUAUUGUGCCAUGAGACUGCCUUUGCACAGAUGAAUAUAUCCAAUGAUUCUGCUAUUCCUCCAGGCUUUGUUAGUGAUGUUCCAACUACUCUUGCAUGGGAUAAUGAUGAUUUCUCAGAAGAAACUAGAUCUGGCAAAGGGACAACUCACAUAACCGGGGGCAUUAUCAUUCAAAGGGAGCAAAGUACAAGUACUUUGUUACAGAGACGAGAUAGCAUUCCCAGGGCAAGAUCCCUCCUAGCACCAUCAAAAGACAUUAAUCCUUAUUUUCUUGGAAAAAGAAAAACUGUUAAUUUAAACGAUGCCAUGGAAAAUAAGGAAAUCGAGGAAGAACAUCAUAUAUUACCUCAGAUUGAUGCCAAGAAGAAAGACCUUGCAUUCUGUCUAUGUAGACAUCUUGGUAGGAGCAAUGCAAUUCCAAAUUGGAAAGGAUUUAACACCAGACUAGCUGUCAAUAGAAACAUACCUACCCAGUCAAAACUUGGGUAUCUACCUGUAAUUGAUGCUUCCCCUACAGAACUGUCAACAGUAAACGAAAUAUUGAAUCGGAGCGAGGAAAUUGCCAACAAACUGGACUUAAAGUAUAUGUGCUUGGUUUUUGAUGAGGCCAUUUAUGCCAAAAUUCAACAAAUAAGAUGGAAGGAAGAAAGAUACCUCAGCCGAUUUGUUGUCCGACUUGGAGAUUUCCACAUGGCAAUGUCAUUCUGUGGAGCUAUAUCAAAACUCUUUAAAGAUGCUGGAUUACAGGUAUAGUAUUUUUGAUAUCUUUAUUUUUUCCAAGUAGGGCUGACCAAAAAAUAAUGUUAGCCCUCUAAGUGGCAAUGCACCCUAAUGCGCCCUGCUUUAGGUAGUAUUUUACUCUGUCUAAUGCCAGACGAUUUUAUUUGUCAAGUGGAGAGUGCUGCCACUCAAUGGGUUAAAUUGUCAAUCAUUCUUUAAUAGGACAUUCUCAUUGAGUCUGAAGUUGUAGCAGCUGGAUCCAUUAAUGGAGUAAUGUCUGGCAAGCAUUACAACAGAAGUGUUAGGUCACACAAAGUUGUCUACGAGGCAUUGGUCAGACUGUUGUUUCAGCAAUACCUUGAGUCACUUACACCAGCUGAAAGGGAUGAAACAGUUACUUUGAUUGGUGAGUUUCAAAUUUAGAUGUUUAUUCAUACAGUGAGGAAGUUUUAAAACAAUGUCAAAUUACUUUGCCUUUUAAUUUUUAAUGUUUAUGUUUGAUGUAAAAUACGUAUGAACAACAAGAGCGAUUGUUUCACCAGGAUAUCCAAACACGAGAAAACAAUGUGUGAAAACCAGAACGCCUAGGGCGAGUGUUUUUGUUAAUUGUUUUCGAGUGUUUGGAUGGGACACAGGUGGGACACAAGCUCGAAUUGUUUAUAUGGCUUCUCAAAUGAAAUGAGUUGAGAUGUAACAGAAUGUUUUCGCUUGCUGAUUUGAAUAAAAUUAUUAACCAAGCAUUAGUAAUUCUAUUCCAGUAAUUUUGCAUGCGUGAUUAAGAUAUUUGAUGAAAACACUAGUGACUUUCAUCAAGUUUCACCAGGUUAUCUAAAUGACAUUUCAUAAUCUUGUGAUCAAACAAAUACGUGAUUAUCAUUGCCAUUGGCUGAAUUGCUCAUCAAUUAUUAAUGAUUUGAGGAUUGGUAAUCUCAAACUAAAUAACAUUGCUCAAAUAGGAAUUAGGUGCCUUCGAACUGUAAAUAUAAAUAUUCAUUUUGCAUUACAGAAAACUUAGCUGAGACAUUCCCAAGUGAAGAUUACCUACCACAAGUGAUGUCAGAGAAUUUUGGAAAACUGGAGAUGGCUGUUGCCAUGUUUUCUAAAUCAGAGGCGGAGAAAAAACCAACAUUUGCUCUCUGGCUUAAUUACAUUCAAAUGGUAGAAGUUCUUUUAAUGUUCUUACGAGCAACAAGAGAAAACGACUGGGAUCUACAUCUCUCAGCAGUUAGAUCAAUGCUACCAUGGUUUUUCGCAACUGACAGAGUUCACUAUGCUAGAUAUGGUACAGCAUACUGGUUGGAGAUGCUAUGUAUUGAAACAUCACAUCCAGGUAAGACAUACUGUAUUUUAGAUUGUUAUCAAAGGUGCUGCAGUAAAAUGUAAACCCUCAAUGUUUGGAGCAAUUUUUUCCAAUGUUUGAAAGGUAGUUUUCUGACCAAUUUUUUAGGGGUGACCGAUGAUAUUAUAAAAAACUGGACAUGUCAGCGUCAGACAACACAUGGUUUUUCGUCAACUGCAUGUGACCAGGUGAUGGAACAGACCUAUAAUCGUGAUUCAAAGGUGAGAGGCGGUUUGGUUGGAUUUACUCUGAAUCGGGGUGCAGUGCACAGAUGGAUAAUGUCACAGGCUGACCGUGGUGCCAUAACAAGACAGUGUCUCACAAUGGCAGAUAAUUCAUCACAUACCAGGUAACUAGUUUGUCUUAAAAUGUAAAAAUGCUGAAUUGCUGUACUUUGACAUUUUGGACAAUACAAAGCUUCACUUGCCCACCAUUUUAAAAAUAUUGUACAGUAGAUUACAUGACCCCAUGUUUUUUACAUCAAAACAGAUUACAGACAAUAGAUUUGCUAAGUAUACAGGUAUACUAUACAGUCAGCUAAGGAUUUUUAUGGCCCCUGGUAAUCCUGGAAAACACUGGAUUUUUAUGUUAUAACUGGUUGCUUAUAGGUUUAAUUUUCCAUUGCAGAUCACGUAAAGACAUGGAUGAGACACAAAUUAAGUACCAUGAACAUGAAGUGGCAAAUGUUGUGGAAGUUAUCACGAACAUGAGCAAUCCUUUUGAAGUAGAAGACAGCAUGGUUAAUAUCGUCAGUGGAAAGGUGGCUCCUGCAAAUGUUUCAAAUGACAUGAUCUCGGCAAAAGAUAUAGGAGAACAGAAAUGUAAGACCUUUAUGUCAGAACAGUUAUUAACAAGUGAACCAGAUCUGUUUGCAACGCUUAAAGCAACAAAGCUGAACACAUUCUCAACAAUGGAAAGAAAAACUAAAGUAAAGACCAGUAAAGGACAAAUUGUUGAGUUGAAGAAUGACCUUAAGUUUGUAUCACGGUUGCUUGCAGUGGGCAAAUCAAGAAACAUUGACAUGAAAGACGUUCUCACCUAUAGUCUUCGAAAAUUCCCAUCACCUAUUGCAACUGUUGAUGGAAAGCUUGUCAAAACACCCAAAUCCAAGUUAAUGCAUGUUCUCGAGAGUCGUGUAGAAGAUCCAGCAAUCGAACAUGUACCAUCUAAUAAUGCUUUGAUAUUGGAUGGAAUGGCUCUUAUCCAGAUGAUGAAACACAUCCCUGAUACCUUUGGGAAGUUGGUUGAGAUCAUACUCGGUAGAAUUUUAUCGUUGGCAUCAAAUUCAAAGUCAACAAGAGUUGAUUUCGUGUGUGACACAUAUCCCGACAUUAGUAUUAAGAACAUGGAAAGGAGUAGUCGUGCUGAUGGAGGAUCAACAGUCGUUAGGAUUCUAGGUGCAGACCAGAAAGUACCACGGCAGUUCAAGAAAUUCUUGUCAGUUGGAAAGAACAAAGAAUCUUUAAUUGAGUUCUUCUUUCAGCAUCUGAAACAUGUUGAAAGGCUGUCAAAUUUGAUGGGAAAUAUUGAACUAUUUGUCAGUCAUGGGAAGAAAUGCCAUCAAUUCUGUACCAACAAUCGAGAGGAAGUUCAGAUUGAGGAAUGCGAAGAACUGUACAGCGACCAUGAAGAAGCAGACACACGGCUCCUCCUUCACGCUAAACAAGCUUCGAGAACUUAUGAUCAUGUUGUCAUACGCAGCCCCGACACAGAUGUAUUCAUCUUGCUCUUAGGACAUAAGUUAGCGAUACCAACAGCGUUGUAUUUUGACAUGGGGAUUGGAGACCAAAGGAGAAUAUUGGAUGUUGGUAAAGUGCAUCUAACUCUUGGCUCUGAGCUUUGUGAUGCUCUCAUUGGCUUUCAUGCAUUCACAGGUAUACACAGUUGUGACGUUUUGUCGCAAAUUUAUUAACCAUUCGAAAAAUAGAAUAGAAUAGAUCAGAAUUAGAAUAGAUAGAAUAGAAAUAAUAGAAAAUAUUAAAAUUUCAGAUUAGAAUAGAUAGAAUGUCAGAUUAGAUUAGAAUAGAUAUAAUAGAAAAAUAGAUCUGACGCAAAUUCCUGUUUAAUUUAAGGCUGUGACAGUACCAGUGCCUUCUAUGGAAAAGGAAAGACAAAGAACUUGAACGCUUUAGAGAAAUUUCCAGAAUUUCUGUCCACUUUCCAGUCACUUGGAUCAACAUACGUGGUCCCAACAACACUAUUUCGAGAUAUCGAAAAGUAUGUCUGUCGUCUAUAUGGACAGCUUUCUACCGAUGAUGUUAAUCUUGCUCGUUUCAACCUAUUCAGCAUUGGUCAAUGCACACCAUGCCAUGCACAAAAGACGUUCUUUUACUUCAUACAAAUCGUGCAUCAUAUCAAUGCCACAUAUGGAAAAGUGCACUCCAACCAGUUAUGACACCCCCUUCAAUCAGCAAGUUUGGUUGGGAAGUGAACGAAGGGCAAGUCAACAUCAGAUGGAUGACCAUGCCGGCAGCUCCUGAUGGAAUUCUGGAAAACGUUAACUGUGGUUGUACGUCUGGAUGUUCAACAAGACGUUGUGCGUGUCAAAAAGCAGAAUUGAAGUGUACUGGUCUUUGUUCCUGUUGCGAUUGCACAAAUUUAUUCCGACCAGAAUACAGACGAGAACGAUUUGUCAGAUGACGACGAUGAUGAUGGCCUAUUAUUCGAACUUGAUGGCGACGAAACUGGAUUCGAUGGCAUAUUUGAAGUAAUAUUUCAAAUCCGACUAUGAGGACUAGACUAGAUUUCAAGUCCGCGCAAUUUGUUCAAGUCCAAGGCGAAGCAGAUAACUGGAUCAAAAUGCGAGGACUUGAAAUCUAGUCCAGUCCGAAUUGGAGGAUUUUGAAAUGACAUCUCAUACGAAUAAAUCACUACUUAAUUAAAUUUGAUCUAGUCCAAGGACUGUGAAUUAAUUUUAAUCCAGUCCUAGGACACUACAGGUAUCCAGUAUUAUCAUGUGAGCAAAAUAAAGCAAUAUAGUUGGCUAAUUUAGUCAUGAAUUAUUGAUUUGAGGUGAACAAUGAUGGUAAUGCACAUAUAGGUAUUAUCAGUGCAGUAGAUCAGUAUUUAUUUACUUAUUCGAUAUUCUCAUUUGGAUCCACAGUAUUUAUAUUAUCAACACGUAUAUCCCUCUCAUGGACAGGGUUAACAGUAUGGUCAUGUCUCAGAAGUUGAAACGCACCCUGGUGGAGGAGCUGAAACGCACAGCAGCAAAUCUAUAAGAAAAAGUCAACUAGUGUGGACACGAAAAACCAGGUCGAAUCGUUCCUUGUUAUUCUAGAUAGUGGCUAAAUACCAACUUAUGUCACAAUAAAAAUAUAAUGUAUGUAAUAGUUCAAAUACGAGAAGUAGAACUUUACCAGACAAAAGCCAGGACAGCUUAUUCCAGGAUACAUGCAAUCUAGUUUUGAUCGCGUGUAAGCCUUUGGCCAGGAUCCAAUAAGUGGGAUUUUAUUGCACUGAUGAAAAUCUGGGUUCAAAGAUGAAAACAUUUCUUUCAAUUAUAGAUAGUUAUAAUGAAAUUAUGGAUUUUAUAUUUCCUCCCAAUUUAUCUUUUUUUAUGAUGAAUUCCGAGUUGGUGCCUAGGACAUGUUUCUUUAACAGUUCAAGGUCCUUCACUGGUGCAGUCCGGCUUCGUCGGUUGGAACAGAUGGGUGGAAAAUAUGGUUGGAGCGAAUGGAAAAGUUGGUCCAAAUCCAGGAUUGGUAUCCAUAGAGUAUACUAAACGAUGGUGGAACGCACAGUUUAAGAAGCGCCAAACAUCUUGCAUAGUUAUUCAAUAAUACAUUAAAGAUUCAAUCAGAGGUUUUCUUAGGAGUUUAUAUAAACAUCCCUUAAAGCCGGGGACGAACUGGGAAACACUGUUGUCAUAUUAUUUGUCUUUCCAAUCUUUCGGUAUGUCAUAUUGUCUUAUCAGCGUCGGCAAACGGAUAAAGAGUGUUUCAUCAAAUGCUUCUGAAUUUGGUAGGAAAUUUUGGGAAGCAAAUUUUGCUUCUGCAAUAAAAGCCAAUUCAAAAUCACGAAUAUUUCCGCUACAUUGUUUCUUACGUUUGGCCAAGGCUUUAGUUUAGCGAAAUAUUUCAUUUGUUCCUUGAUCGUGUGAAUUGUAUGUAUAUAUUUAUAUAUUCUCCGUCC